AUGUGCUUUGGGGGGCGGGACAAGAACAAUGGCGACGCAGCUCGCUCGCGCGAACUCGACCGCAUCAUUCGCCAGGAUGAGAAGCGCAUGCAGAAGGAAGUUAAGCUGCUGCUGCUAGGUGCUGGAGAGUCUGGGAAGUCUACCAUCUUGAAGCAGAUGAAGCUCAUAUAUUCCCAAGGUUUCAACAAGAAUGAACGCCUAGAGUGGAAGCCCGUCGUCUUCAAUAACAUUAUUCAGUCGUUCCGGACAAUAUUUGAGGCCAUGACCGAGUUGAAUUAUCGCUUCGACAACCCCGAUAACGAGAAACACAUGGCUCAUAUUCUCGUAGAACACGAAAUCAGUCCCGAGGACAAGCUUCCACACGAUUAUCUGGGCCCCAUCAAGGUCUUGUGGCAGGACGGGGGCGUAAAAAAGGCAAUUGCCAAAGGCAACGAGUAUGCGCUUCACGACAACUUGGCCUACUUCAUUGACGAUUUGGAUAGAAUAUGGGCCGACGGAUACGUACCGAAUGAUCAGGACCUUCUGCGCUCACGGCUCAGAACCACAGGCAUUACUGAAAGUGUCUUCGACCUUGGCCAACUAACGUACCGAAUGUUCGAUGUUGGUGGUCAGCGAUCGGAGCGGAAGAAGUGGAUUCACUGCUUUGAAAAUGUUCAUUGCCUGCUUUUUUUGGUUGCCAUUAGCGGUUACGACCAAUGUCUGGUAGAAGAUAAGGAUGGUAAUCAGAUGAACGAGGCCUUGAUGCUGUGGGAGUCUAUUGCCAAUUCACAUUGGUUUACCAAGUCGGCCAUGAUUAUCUUCCUGAACAAGAUGGAUUUAUUCAAGGACAAGCUACCCAAGAGUCCUAUCAGCAAAUACGGAUUCACGGACUACCACGGCCCCGAAGGUGAUUACAAGGCCGCGAGCAAAUACUUUUUGGACAAGUUCCGAGCUCUCAGUCGAAACCCUGAGAAGGAAAUUUACGGCCAUUUCACGAAUGCCACCGACACCAACCUGCUAAAGAUUACGAUGGGAUCUGUGCAAGACAUGAUUAUUCAACGCAAUCUGAAGCAGUUGAUAUUGUAG